UGGCAGGGAGUCAAUUUCCAGGAAAAGAUGCGGGGGUUGCAGCUCCUUGGCUCCGAGUGGCGCGGGGCAAAGGUGGCGGUAACUGGAGCUCUGGAUGCAUUUUCCUAGAAGCCUCCAGCGCUCCGCCACCUGUGCGGAGUCUGCCCCCUUGUUGGCGUCUCCGCUAGGAGAGUUUCCUCCUCCUAGCUUAGUCCCCGGGAGUGUGGGCGGCCCCAUUCCUGAGCGCUGAAACUCUGCCCCCCUCCCCCCGCUCGCCCUCCGCCUGCGGCACACCAACGAGCCUUUUCUUUGCCUCACUCACUUCCUUCCUCGGCUUCUUCCUCCCCAGUGCGUGGAAGAAGGCAACCAGCCCGCACCGACGCUGCCCCAGUUUUCUCGGAAAAAAACAGGAGGUAGAGAUAGGCAGCAAUGAAUGUGGAUCAUGAAGUUAAACUCUUAGUGGAGGAAAUUCAUCGUCUUGGUUCAAAAAAUGCUGAUGGAAAAUUAAGUGUGAAAUUUGGGGUUCUUUUCCAAGAUGACAAGUGUGCCAACCUCUUUGAAGCACUGGUAGGGACUCUCAAAGCGGCAAAGCGAAGGAAGAUUAUAACAUACUCAGGAGAGCUACUUUUGCAAGGUGUUCAUGAUGAUGUUGACAUUAUAUUGCUUCAAGAUUAAUGUGGUUUGCAUAGCUCUGUUUAUUGUAUUUUGUUUGUUUCUGGUAAACUGGAAUAUUAAGUCAAAGGACAAACAUAGGAACCUACUUAAUGUAUUUUUAUAGAACUUUAUAAACAAAACGAGACUCA